CGACAAUCCGCUUCCGGUGUUUAGUUAAACGACAGGACCGUCAGCUGCAGCGAUGAUGAACAACGUGCUGUCAAUCUUAAUCUUUCUAUGUAGCGUUUUUGUGCUGUAUGCUGACACUGGUGUCACGAGUCAACCAAUCACAGCAGUUGAAGGCAACGAUGUCACUCUUCAGUGUCCUCUGGCUCCUGGGGUCGACUUGUCUGCUUGCACAGUGGAUGUCAGCAGACUUGACCUUAAUGUCAGUGGAAAUGAUGUCCAUGUGUAUCGAAAAGGAAAGGACGAUCUUCGUACACAGAUGGCUCAGUACAAGGACAGGACAACUCUCAUCCAUGAAGACCUGACCAGAGGAAUCCUGACACUGACACUCUCUUCAGUAAAGCUGUCUGACAGUGGACCAUACAAGGUCUACGUCCCAAAACGGAAUGCCAAUUGUGUCAUUGACCUCAGUGUUGUACCCAAAGACCCACAGAACAGGACAAGGAGAGAUGACUCCAGCACAACUAAACCUCCAGUUCAGGGAGUGACCAAGUCAGACGAUGGAGGUGCUGCAAAGGCGGAGCCUCAGUGGAAAACUGUCCUCAUUGUCUGCGGUUGUGUCGCUGCUGCUGCUGCUGCUGCUGCCAUUUUUGGCAUUGUACUUCUUAUCCUGUGGAAGCUUGGAAAGAUCAAGAACUGUAUGAGGACAAACGGAGGAAGAAUGGAGCAAGAGGCAAAUGUGACAAACGGCAUUGAAUCGAUUCCUCUGAGGACCACAACACAAGAUGACCUGAACCAUGACGGACCUGGAAACAACGUGCAAGUAGUUUAGUGAUGGCUUGGACUCUGUUUGUAAACUAGGUUGAGAUGACUGGCCUCCCCAAAAACGCACAAGUCACAAGAUAAAUAGUCUUUUUAAAUGCCAACCAAAAAUCUUGGUGUUAUGAAAUCAGGGACCUUUUUAUCGUUUUAAUAUUAAUCAUGUCAGUUGGUCAUAUCUAUACAUUUGUGUACACGAGGGAAGGUGUGCAUGUGUGCACAUACAAAUAGUGUGACUCCUUUGUACUCAGUGGCCCUCAUUUAUCAACCUAACAUACAAACCAGCGCAGAUCAGAGUGCACAUAUCAUCUUAUGAUAGGGUUUGUGUGUGAUUCAUGAAAUGUUAACUAGCUGACCAGAGAAUAGGCUUUGGUAAAUGAGGCUGCGUCUUUUAAUUAUGCUGCCCCAGUAUAUUCUUGAUUUAGAGGCCUCUCCUCGAGAGUUUACAACAUGGAGAGAUGUAAUACAGCCAAGAGGAGAAACUUCUCUGAGCUAGAAAUGGAAACGCUGAUGCCUCAAGUACAGUUCAACCAGCUGGUUCUAUUUGGCCACUUAAUCAAACGACAUCAAAUGAAGUAUUGAAAGAAAUCACUGCUGUGGCCAACAGCAUUGCGUUGGACAAUCAAACUCCAGCUGUUUAUCAUAUUAUAUAAUAUUGAUGCUGUUAUAAUACUUAUAAAAGAUUAUAGUUGAUCUAGACCAAAGAUCGCCUGGCAGAACAGAUGGCGGAGGAGACUCAAACUUGCGUACACAGGCUGGAACCUCAUGUAAGAUUUGAUUAGAGAUGGAUAUCGUUAAGAUUUUAUCGAUACUGCUAAUUUAACCAUGUGCCUUAUUGAUUUGGUUCUUUAUCUGUACUCUUAUAGGUUCCUUUCCUUUACUAAACAAUUGAUUUUUAGAAAAUAUAUUAAUUUUUAGUUUAGUAUUUAUUAGUCACUAGUCAUUCCUUGUACUGCCCCUGCAGCGCGUUAGCUUGUGCGAGGCUAGACAGCCAGUCAACAUAUCAAAGUCCUCCGAUAAACGCACAAGGCUUGAUUUUCUUGUAUUUUGCGGCAGUCUUCAUUUAGUGAAUUUUGUUUUGUUGUAAAAAGACAAAUAAUCUCCAAGGCAGAAGCAUACUGGAAAAACAUUAAUCAAAAUCAGGAAUUCAGCUCUGUCAUUGACUGUCUGUGCUCAAAGCACUCUAAUUUCAUUGUACAACUUGUAUAAUGACAAUAAAUGUGACUCUGAACUCGAAAGGCUACGCUAGCAAAGUGAAUGGAGAAAAAUGCAGGUAGGCUGACCGAGCACAAAGCGGUGAUAGCACUUACUCUGAUGCUGUUUUCAAAAUCCAACAGAGAAUACCUUACUUUUAGCUUUUAAACCCUUUUUAAACCAACUUAAUUACAUUAUUCACUUAACUUUCAAAGACAGCACAUUCCUCCUAAAAGAGGGAGGCUGUGUUGACACGUUUCAUCACGUCUGCCACCAGUAGGAAACUUUGCAAAAACCCAAUUUGAAGCAAAAAGGCACAAGCAGCUCCAGCUGUUCCCAUUUUUAUAUUUAUUUUAGGUCAUGUUAAUCAGAGUGCAUGGCUGCAUAUCAACGGGAGUAGCAGUGGAAUAUUAAUUUUCCUCUGCCAUGUGAACAGCUCAGUAGGAAUAUUGUCUUUCUUCGGAAUAAGGGCAAAAUAUUUUGUGCGUGUACAUGUAGCCCAUGUGUGCAGUAUGUGUAAAUGAACUUAGCAGCACUCAGCUCUGUCUGCUCCUCUCUUAGGGGAUUUUCACUGGCUCUACAGCUCAAACUACAGAUUGUACUUUUGCAUUUUUGUAUUGCACAACCUCGGACACAAAGAAUGUAGAAGUACAUCCAGAUAGAGACUGUCUCUCAAACUAAGAUCAAACUAUUUCUCCUAAAAUGUCAUCAGAAACUUUUAGUGUCGACUGUUCGGGGGCAGCCCUAGAUUAAACAGUAAAAUUAAGCACUGAUCAAACGUUAACCAAGAUUCUUUGAGUGCGUUGCCUAUUUCUCGCCUCAGAUGUUUUGAGAAACACUUUUUAUCUCACCAUUUUAACGGAAUACGCCAUCAUAUGUUACCAGCAUUGUGUCAAACAGACAGGUUCGCGUUAGGUCAUCCACCAGCAGGAGUGUGUAUUGGUCCAGUGCGCUGCAGAGCAUUGUGGUAGUUGAAGAUUUUCUGCCUCUCUAGCCAAAGUGAAUGACACAGCCCUUUGUCUUUGUUUUCUCUGGUGCUGUGUAGGGCUGCAACUAACGAUUGUUUUCAUUGUCGACUAAUCUGUCGAUUAUUUCUUUGAUUAGUCGACUAAUCAUUUUAUCGAAAAAUGUGUCAAAAUGUUGAAAAAUGUCAGUCUGUCUCUCCCAAACCCCAAAAUGAUGUCAUCUAAUGUCUUGUUUCGUACUCACGCCAAAAGGUUUUAGUUCACCGUCAUGGGAGAGUGUGUAAAGCUGCCAACAUUUGAACAUAAGAAGCUGCAAUAAGAGUAUCUUGGGUACUUUUAUAGUACUUUUCUAUGAAAAAUGACUCAAACCGAUUAGUCGACUACUAAAAUAGUCACUGAUUAUUUGAAUAGUUGAUUAGUCAUUGAUUAGUCGACUAAUCGUUGCAGCCCUUGUGCUGUAGCACCCAUAGUGUCUCUCUACUCCAGAGACAGUCUGGAUUUAUGAAAAGAUCUUUCCACCAUCUCAGUAAUUCUUCUUAAGCUGUUUCAUAACUGAUUUUUCUGUCACUUGUCAGUUUUUAAGCUAUUUUUAUGACACUUUAUAUCCCCCUGUUCAGAGUUUAUAAGCAGUAUACAAACAUUUGAUGAGUGGUUUGUAUUAACACACUGUAAUGUAGCUAUCAGCAGAUAUAAUGUAUAAACUUUCACAAUUUGUCAUCAUGUUUAACUUCUGUGAAGUUUUAUGUUGUUACAACGGUUUUACUGUUUUACUGUUGCGUUAUCUAUUUUAGUUUUUGACAUUAAACUCUUACCAGCAUACAGCUACAUUUUGUGUGUUAUUAGCUGAUGAAAUGUCUGUGUAGGGCUUAGAAAUACUGAAAAGAGGAACUUCAGGUAAAGUGUUACCACAUCCGUCCUCUCUCAUUCAGCUGCAUCGUCAUUUUCUGACUUCCUGUAGACCUUAAUCCAAUCAGUGAUUUCUUUCAGAUGAUUUGUAAUUCUUUAACUCUAACUUUAUGGUAUGAAUGUCUGUGUAUUUGUAUAUGUUUGCAUUAGAUAAUGGAUGGAUGAAUUAUUUGUUUUGUUUUCUUUGUACUAUGAACAACUGCUCCUGAAGCUUUAAAUAAAAUGUGUUUCCUUCAUCAA